CUGUAGAAAGGGACACAAAAAUACAUGUAGUCUCAGGUAGGGGCCAAAUUUCACCAGGAAAAAAAAAUCAUUCUUCUACAUUGGACAAUGAUCUAGUAUAUUUAUUUUAUUUUAUUCUCUCUCUUUUUUAUUUAUAUAUUAUUUUAUUUAGUUUUAUUUCAUCAUUUUCCCAGUUCCCCUGUCUACCGUUUUUUCCCAAACCUGAGGAUGAAAUUCAAGAGUCGUCUCAUCUACGUGACCAUGUGGACGAUGUUCUUGUGUGUGUUCCGAGUCGAUUUCAGAUACGGCUUGGACGAUUUCUUCGACUUCAAAGCGCCGAAGCUGUGCGCGUGCAUGAGCUGCGUAACGGAAACGCAGGAGGACCCAUGGUUCAUGGAGCGCUUCGACAGCAGGGUGCCAACACUUUUGAACAGGACCAACAGCAAUCUCAGCGCACUCACGCACAACUGGUGGAUGAGGCUCCAGCCGGCACGAACAGUGAAACUUAGUGAUGUCGUGGAUCCUCUGUUCUCGUUGUUCCGUGAUGAAGACCACUAUAAUGAUUCCAGUCCUGACCGCUGUAGAACCUGUGCUGUGGUCGGCAACUCGGCCAACCUCAUCAGGUCCCAUUACGGUGCGAUUAUAGACUCUCACGACUUCGUCUUCAGGAUGAACCAUGGUCCAACCAAAGGCUAUGAAAGGGACGUCGGGGCAAAGACCACGCACAGGGCAAUGUAUCCAGAGAGCUCUAUGAACCUUGCAAACUACACCCACCUAGUGCUGGUGCCAUUUAAAGUUUUAGAUCUGCAGUGGCUCAUUAGUGCUUUCACCACCAAGAACAUUACACGCACAUAUCUUCGCGUGAAGCCGACAGUAAAAGCAAACAAGGACAAGGUGAUGAUCAUUAAUCCGGAGUUUAUGAGGUACAUCUACGAAAACUGGCUGAAGAAACAAGGGAAAUAUCCCUCCACUGGCUUCAUCAUGCUCAUGUUGGCGAUGCACAUCUGCGACCAGGUGAAUGUAUUUGGGUUCGGGGCCAGUUCAAACGGACGAUGGUACCAUUACUUCGACCACUGGCAUCAUCCAUUAGUCAAUUCUGGUGUACACAGAGGAGGAGUCGAAUAUGAGCUCAUUCUGAAACUUGAGCAGCAACAGAGGAUUAAACUGUACAGGGGAUGGGGAUAGAGUCAGAUGGCAUUUCAAUAAAAGACAUUAUCCUCAACUCCAACCUUCCUGACAUCAUAACACUAUGUAAGAGUGAGUCAUUUCAGCUGACUCUUUCAUGGUACUGCUGAAUAACAGACUAUUAUUUAAACCUGUUCACUUUAAACCCAAAUGCUUUUCAUUCUAUUGUUGCCAGGUUUCUUUCAACAGUGGAUUUGUAUUGUUUAAUUUAUUAGAGAUUAAGCCGGCUUUCUCUGUUCUAUUUAUUGUGGGGUAAAAAGGAAUUAUUUGCACUUCUGGCCUCAUUGAGAUGAUCUGAGCCCCUUAUCCAGUUUUGGACAGUUCCAGAAUGAUCUGUACUCAUGAAUGACUUUUAUAAAAUCUUGCCAUAUGGCUGAAUAUGGAUAUGCUUUCAACUGAAGAACAAAAUGGAGUGAAAAGGUGAUGGUUUUAUUUAUAAAUAUGUCUAAAAUUAUUUGCUGUGGUGAUACCAUGCUAUCAUGAUGCUAUGUCAAAAUUCUCUACUCUCCUAUUGCUAAUUGCCCUUAAUAUAUCACUCACGCAAAUGAAUCCAUCACAGUCAAUUGCCAGCUCCAUGUCCCCUGCUAGGAAAAUUCCAUGUUUCCUGUAUGUUUCUUGUAUGUUAAAACUCUUCCUUGUGAAAUGAAUUUCCAAACAUUUCUCAAACAAAAUGGUAAUUUGCCUUUUGUUCACGCUUCCAUUCACACACUAGACUUUUCAAAACGUGCUUUAUGGUUAUAUGGUUGUAGGUUCUGAUCCCAAAAUUGUACAGUACUCACACAGUACUCAAUUAACGUUUUCCUCAGGCUUCUCCACCCUAACUAACCUCUCUUACCCUGAAGAAUUUGUCUCACAAAAAUCUUCAGAACACAAAAUUCACCAAAGCAACUAUUACCCCAAAGUUGUGGCACUGUAAGAAAUGUAAAUAAAAACAAAACGCAAUGAUUUGCAAAUCUCAUAAAAAAACAUACCAAAUGCAUAAACUAAGAAUGUAUAAAAUUUUUAAGGAAAAAAAAGGACAUUUUUAAUUUGAUGGAUAUAUGGAUAUAUAUAAUAUUGUUAUCCUAUAUGUGUAU